GUACGGCAAAGACAAGCCUAUCAGCUGACUUCUUUCGAGCUCUUCUGCAACUUCUACUCUAUAGGAUCGACAAUACAACCAACACUCAGCUUAGUUUACUGCACAGAUCCCUGAUAUUUCAGUUUCAUUUAAUGUGCAUUCUGAUUCUGGGAAACAGUAGCCGCCUCUUGUGCUAUGUCUGCAAUCAUUAGGAAGAUUAUCAACACUACCAAGGCCCCCGCGGCCAUUGGUCCGUACAGCCAGGCAGUGGUGGUGGACCGUACCAUGUACAUUUCCGGACAGCUGGGAAUGGAUCCUUCCUCAGGGCAGUUGGUGACUGGAGGUGUGCAGGCUGAAGCCAAACAGGCUCUCAUUAAUAUGGGCGAGAUCCUGAAGGCGGCUGGAUGUGACUACAACAAUGUUGUCAAAACCACUGUCCUCCUGGCAGACAUGAAUGACUUCACAAAUGUAAAUGAUAUUUACAAGCAGUUCUUUAGCCGCAGCUUCCCAGCCAGAGCUGCUUAUCAGGUCGCGGCCCUGCCUAGAGGUGGACUGGUGGAGAUCGAAGCAGUUGCCGUCCUGGGCCCCAUAAUGGAUGCCUCCUCCUGACUGACCCCCCAGAUCCAACACAAACUGUAACCGCCACUUGAUUCAGACUGAAUCCCUGAGACCAUUAAUUGGAUACUGUAGUAGUUCUUAAACAAAGGGUCUUUAAAUCUUAGAUUGCCAGUGUGCAGUAUUGUCUGUAAAUCGGACAUUCCAUUGAGAAUGGCUGCUACUCUUGUUUCGAGUUUCCUUGUUUAGUUGAGUUUUUUUUAAAGCCCUGUUUACGAUAUAAACUUGGUUGGGAUCAAAUUUUUGCUUUCAACCAGCCCAUUUUAGCACCAGCCUGUCCAUAGGUGAAGCGCUUUGGCUUCACUUGUUAAUACAUAAUGAGUCAUUUUCACACCUUGCUCUCCCUUUAGGCAAAUACACAUGAUAAGUGUUCACCUGGCUCUCAUUUCAUUAGAUCACCUUGGCGCGAUGCGUUUAGUGUAGCCAUUGUCAGUAUCACAUUUCCAUUGUCAUCUCAGUUCUGACCAAUGUCUGUAAUACCAAGUGCCUCCCCCACUUUACAGAAUUCUAAAAUAAACCAUGAACUGGUUCCGUGUUUUAA